AUGCAGUUGCAGGCAGCUCUUUCCAUAGCACCUCCAUCAUGCUCCCUCCUCCCACCAACAGCCAAAUUAAUGGCCUUCUCAAUCCAAACUAGGUCCCUGCCAAGGCAAAGCCAAGGCACCCUAAAAGCAAAGGCAAGUGCAGUAGGACAAGAACCUUCAACUGUUGACUACAGCUCCAUGUCCUCUGUUUUUCCAGCAGAGGCUUGUGACACUGUAGGAGGUGAAGCUUGUGAUGUGGAAAUGUAUCCUGAAGUAAAACUAAAACCAGAGGCCAAAAAAGGGAGUAGUGUUACAGAGCCAGUUGAGAGAGAGUAUCUACAAUAUGACAGUCCCAAGACAGUCUUUCCGGCGGAGGCUUGUGAUGAUUUGGGUGGUGAGUUCUGUGAUCCAGAGUAUCAAAAAGGAGUUUACUAGAAAAAAAAAUCUUAUUGGGAAUUAGUACAUAUAAACAAGGGUUGAGCCUAGAGUCAACUUUCAGUUGUUUUUUUAAUUUUCUUUUCUCCUUUGCUCUCUUAUGCCUGUAAAUGAUUAAUUGACUACAAAGUUCUUCAA